CGCGUGCGCACUGCGCAGCCUUCGCCGGAGCCCCGCGUCGCCAGGGCGCGCGACCGCGGGGGUGAGCGUGUUGCCUGCCUCCGUGCGUCUCCUCCCGUCCCUGCGGCCGGGCGCACGGCAUGGCGGAAAACCGAGAGCCCCGCGGGCCCGUGGAGGCGGAGCUGGACCCGGUGGAGUACACCCUCCGCAAGCGGCUGCCCCACCGCCUGCCCCGGCGGCCCAAUGACAUCUACGUCAACAUGAAGACGGACUUUAAGGCGCAGCUGGCCCGCUGCCAGAAGCUGCUGGACGGAGGCGCGCGGGGUCAGAACGCGUGCACGGAGAUCUACAUUCACGGCUUGGGCCUGGCCAUCAACCGCGCCAUCAACAUCGCCCUGCAGCUGCAGGCCGGCAGCUUCGGGUCCUUGCAGGUGGCCGCCAACACCUCCACCGUGGAGCUGGUGGACGAGCUGGAGCCGGAGACCGACGCGCGGGAGCCGCUCACUCGAAUCCGCAACAACUCGGCCAUCCACAUCCGAGUCUUCAGGGUCACGCCCAAGUGAUGGAUUGACUGUCCCUUGUCCCACCCCUGCCGCCGCACCCCCCCCCCCCAGCGCACAGCCGGGCCCAGCUGGGGGCUCCUCCUGCCUGCGCGCACCUUCUGCUGGAGCCACGGAGGACAAGGCCGGUUCUCUUGUUGGGCCCACAGUGGGCCUUCCCGGCGUCUGUGGCUGCUGUCCCAUGCAGUAGGGAGUACCAAGUCGUGCCAGUGGCCCUGCCACCCCCGCCCCGGCCUCUUCCCCGCUGCAGUAGGGGAAGGAGGGGCCUUUCCAAGGAGACCCGGCGCGGUUCCUGCCUGCAUGGGUGGUCCGGCGCUGACAGCAGCCGGGAGCGAGUUGUCCAGGCUGAAAGUGACCUCAGCGGGGCUGCCGGACAGCCGGGAUGUGCCAGGCUCGGGGAAGGGGAGGGCUUAAGAAUGGGAGGAAACCGACCUACUGGGGGUGUGCCGGGGGCCCCUGGUCCGUGGCUUUGAUCCUGGACCUGAACUCCACCCCCCCACAAGAGCCUCCUGGGUGGCUGGGGCCUGGUGACCACAGGUGCUCUGGCCGGGCUGCUUCAGUGACACAGGAAGGCCCCCACCCCCAUAACUGCUCACAGACAAUAAACACUCGUGUGGAUCU